GAUAUCAGGGCUCGUUCUGUCAAAACUGCCUCUUUCGUUCCCGAACAACCAUCCGGUGUUAACGUGUACGAGUGUAAAAACCUUCAAAAUGCCCACUGAUCCCAUGAGUUUCGCCAAGGAUUUCCUCGCUGGGGGCAUCUCGGCGGCUGUGUCCAAGACAGCGGUGGCCCCCAUCGAGCGCGUGAAGCUCCUCCUCCAGGUCCAAGCCGCUAGCAAGCAAAUUGCCGCCGACAAACAGUAUAAAGGGAUCAUCGAUUGCCUGGUCCGUAUCCCCAAAGAACAGGGAUUCUUCAGUUUCUGGCGUGGAAAUCUCGCCAACGUGAUCCGUUAUUUCCCAACCCAGGCAUUGAACUUCGCCUUCAAGGAUGUCUACAAACAGAUGUUCUUGGGCGGUGUUGACAAAAACACCCAAUUUUGGAGGUAUUUCGCCGGUAAUUUGGCGUCAGGUGGUGCCGCUGGUGCGACAUCACUUUGCUUCGUCUACCCUCUAGAUUACGCUCGUACUCGUUUGGGCGCCGAUGUCGGCAAAGGCAAGGGCGAAAGGCAGUACACCGGCCUUCUGGACUGCAUUAAGAAGACAGUGAAAUCGGACGGACCGAUCGGUUUGUACCGAGGUUUCGUUGUCUCAGUGCAAGGUAUCAUCAUCUACCGUGCCUCCUACUUCGGCUUCUUCGAUACUGCCAAGGGAAUGUUGCCCGAUCCCAAGAACACACCGUUCCUCAUCUCAUUCCUUAUUGCACAGUGCGUAACGACAGUUUCUGGAAUUACGUCAUAUCCAUUCGACACCGUCAGAAGGCGUAUGAUGAUGCAGUCUGGACGCGCUAAAGCUGAUAUUAUGUACAAGAAUACGUUGGAUUGCUGGAUCAAGAUCGGCAAAACCGAAGGCCCAACUGCCUUCUUCAAAGGAGCGUUCUCUAACGUUCUCCGUGGCACUGGCGGAGCUUUGGUUCUUGUACUAUACGACGAGCUUAAAGCUUUGCUCUAAACAGAAAUAGUAGAAUUAUUACGGUUUAAAUUAUUAAUUGUCUCAUAAUUUAUUUGUUUCAUUCCGUGGUUGAUGCAUUUUUUAGGCCGACAUUCCUUUUUUUAACACUAUCAGGCGCAGGAAUUUACAUUCCAGCAAUUUUUUUUCGUUACACGGUUUUAAUAAUGGCAUUGUAAGCUGAAGUAUUGAUAGCCCUGUAUUUUAAAUCCUGUAUAUUUUAACAGCCGUUUACCAAUAAACAGUUGUGAUAAGUUA